AUGUCAGACUAUACUUGGUUUGAAGGAAUACCUUUUCCUGCCUUUUGGUUUUCCAAAGAAAUUCUGGAAAAUAGUUGUAAGAAGUUUGUGGUAAAAGAAGACGACUUGAUCAUAUUGACUUACCCCAAGUCAGGAACGAACUGGCUGAUCGAGAUUGUCUGCUUGAUUCAGACCAAGGGAGAUCCCAAGUGGAUCCAAUCUAUGCCCAUCUGGGAUCGCUCACCCUGGAUAGAGACUGGUUCAGGAUAUGAUAAAUUAACCAAAAUGGAAGGACCACGACUCAUGACCUCCCAUCUUCCCAUGCAUCUUUUCUCCAAGUCUCUCUUCAGUUCCAAGGCCAAGAAUAAAUUAGACUAUCAGGCUGUGGAGCAUCACACAGAGAUCCUGGGCGCUUUAAGAAAGAACGUGAAAUAUCACACUAGAACAUUCAGAAACUACAUGUUUGCAUAUGGAUCAUGGUUUGAGCACAUCCGUGGCUGGCUGUCUAUGAGAGAAUGGGACAACUUCUUGGUACUGUACUAUGAAGACAUGAAAAAGGAUACAAUGGGAUCCAUAAAGAAGAUAUGUGACUUCCUGGGGAAAAAAUUAGAGCCAGAUGAGCUGAAUUUGGUCCUCAAGUAUAGUUCCUUCCAAGUCGUGAAAGAAAACAACAUGUCCAAUUAUAGCCUCAUGGAGAAGGAACUGAUUCUUACUGGUUUUACUUUCAUGAGAAAAGGCACAACUAAUGACUGGAAGAAUCACUUCACAGUAGCCCAAGCUGAAGCCUUUGAUAAAGUGUUCCAGGAGAAAAUGGCCGGUUUCCCUCCAGGGAUGUUCCCAUGGGAAUAAAUUUUCAAAAGUUUUAAAUAUUUUAUGAACACUGAUGUUUAUGUUUAUGUUGUUCUAUGAUGUCUGAAUAACUGAAUGUGAUCAUUGAAUAAAUCCUGUUGUGGAAUUGUGAAA